AAAUUAAGAAACUAGGCCAGUGAACUAGGCUUAAAACAUAUGUGUGAUGUGCGUGAUAUGCUAUUUUUAGCUAGUGUUUACAUUGUUUACAAAAUCGCUAAAUUAGCGUAAUUAUUUAUUUAUUUAUAAGUAAAUGUAUGUCACGUUUAUGAAACGUGCGCUUUUUUGUAACGGAGUACCUAUUACAACGAAAUACAAAAAUACGCUCUUCAUAUCGUGAUUUGCAUGCGAACUAACUAGUUUAUGUCGUUUAUCUCCUCAAAAAUGAUCUCGAAUGUGUUGAGCGUGAUCAUAGGAGCUUCCAGUUUUGUGUAUACUUGCUACAUCUUGUGCAGACUUACGUAUUUCUUAUCAAAUCACGACGAUAACGAAAAUUUACACAUAGCGUCAGAUGAAAAUACAACCGACUCUACCUUAUGGUCUCUUCUGAUAGAUAUGUUACUUAUUACAAUCUUCGUUUUUCAACAUUCUAUCAUGGCCAAUGAAUUCACCAAGAAUACCUUCUGUAGACUACGUGUCGAACAUCUUAGCAGGAGUAUCUAUAAUGCCUGCAGCUCGGCAAGUCUUCAUUUCCUGAUUAAUAAAUGGCAGCAGACUCCAGCUGCAACAGUCUGGAAGUUUGACACUUCCAACCAGGCAAUCUGGAUGAUAUUUUCCAGCCUCCAUGUAUUCGCUUGGAGUAUUAUUUACAGUGGAUGCAUUAUGAUGGAUAUUGCUGAGCUUUGUGGGCUUAAGCAGAUAUGGUACAGAGUGUCUAAAAGAAAUAGCCCAUUAGAUACAAAAUCUAAAGAGUUGCGCAGAUAUAUGAAACACUUGAGACAUCCUAGUUUUACUGGAUUUCUUGUUAUUUUAUGGGUCUAUCCUAUUAUGAGUGCGGAUCGAGUAUUAUUGAGCACCAUAUUGACGAUAUAUAUGGCGUUAUUAUGGACAAUAGAUUCCGAAGACUAUAAUUAUCACGUCAGAUAUUUUAGACAGAAGCAAAUAGAAUUGUCUUAAUUGUAUUUAUCAUUUUUCUUCAUCUUUUAUGUUUUCAACAAUUCUCUCCUGAUUCUCAUUAAUUUUGUAUUACUUAACAAAUUAACAUAAAUUAAUAAAUAUUAGAUACAUUAUAUAUA